GGUGGUGACAUUGUAUGACAGAUUAACACUGCUACCAACAUGUUAACUUGAAUGUCAUGUUUGGAAUAUUUAUUAUUAUUUAUUUGUUGUUACAAAAUAAUCAAAACAGUUGGGUCAGACAAACAAAACUACUGAUAAAAUGAAAAAGUUAUCAUUAAAAACGAUGAUUUUCUUUCUAUUGAGUGGUUUGGCCGUCAUAUAUAUGUAUUCGCAAAUAAGUAAUACUAAAAAGAGUGCACCGGACAAACGGCCGCAACAAUCGAAGUACAUGAUUAAAAACGACAACGGUGAGGUUGAACGUGUAGUAUUAUCAUUCGUAGUUUGCGACUCCAGAUUUAACGAAUCUUUGAACGUCGUGAAAUCUGCAUUGUUGUUUACGCGAGUACGAAUACAUUUCGUAAUUUUCGCCGAUGACAGCUUAAGACCAAAAUUCAAUGAAACAUUAACAAAGUAUAAACAGUUGACAAACAAUCAAUUGGAUUUUGAGUUACACAAAGUAACAUUUCCUAAGGAACAUGAAAAGGAUUGGAUGAAUUUGUUUAGCAAAUGUGCAGCCCAACGUUUAUUUAUACCUAAACUGAUACCUCACAUAGAUGCCAUGAUAUACGUGGACACGGACACCUUAUUCCUGGGCCCUGUCGAAGAGCUCUGGCAGUUCUUCACCAAGUUCAACAGCAUACAGAUAUCUGCCAUGACAUUAGAAGAUGAUAACCCCAACAUCUCAUGGUAUCCAAGAUUUGCUAAACAUCCAUUUUAUGGAAAAUAUGGGCUUAAUUCAGGUGUAAUGUUGAUGAAUUUGACUCGCAUGAGAUCUUUUGGCUGGGUGGAUUAUGUGACACCAAUUAUGUUGAAAUGGAAACUAUACAUACCAUGGGGUGACCAGGAUAUAAUAAACAUAAUAUUCCAUUACCACGAGAGUGCGGUGCACGUGUUGUCGUGUCGCUACAACUACCGCUCGGACCAGUGCAUGUACGGUGACGCCUGCGCUGACGCCACCUCGCGCGGCAUCUUCCUGCUACACGGCAGCCGCAAGGCCUUCCACAACAAUAAGCAACCGGCUUUCCAGGCAGUGUUUCAAGCAAUCGACGAAUAUGUAGUUGGCACCGACCCUUCACAUUCUCUCCUCAAGAAUAUGGACAGGUACUUCUCCCAGGCGCCCCCGUCCAACUGCGGUAAUCAAAAGGACGCUUUCUUUAGAGUACCGACCAGAACAUUAGGUAACUUAUACCCAGUUCCUGACAGAUAGUCUUGAACUCUCUCAGCAAGUAGGUAUAGGGUUAAAUGUAUCUAAUUAUAUUAUUAUCAGGGUUUUACUUUAUUAACGUCUGUUAUGUCACAAAUUAGACUAUAAACAUCUAAGUUAUUUAUUUUUAUAGCACAAAUAUAUAAAAGACGCACUUUAAUAAUGUAUGUAAUAAUCUAUGUGAAGCCGAAGUAUUAUUAUUCUUAAUCAAGACAGUAGCUGUCUGUUCUGUGGUCUAAAAUGAGUAGAAUUUCAAAAUACUGUGCAGUAUUUAUUCUGUCUCAAAGCCAAAGUACUCACACAAGCACUCAUUUAAAGUUAGAAUAUAAGAAAGUUGACAUGAACAUGAGAUUUAAAUGGUAUCUAUAAGCCUGCCCAAAUAAUGAAAUGAAACUUAUAAAAUUUUAAAUUACGAAAGAAUAAGGAUUGUAAUUAUAAUGUUACCCUUUAAUAGUAUUUAAACUCUUAUCAUAAUUAUUGUAUUUAUUGCUGUUGGUAAUACUAUGUAUAGACUUGUCACCGGUAGUGGCGC